AAUUCAUCUUGACUUACUUGCAUUAGAUAGGUAAGUAAAAAGAGAGAGAAAAAAUGGAGAUGGAGAGCGGAGUUGAAAGGCGGAAGCGCUGUGUAGUAUUGGUGGCGUACCCCUUUCAAGGGCACAUAACGCCAAUGCUACAACUGGGACAAGUCCUUCAUUCAAAGGGUUUCUCCAUCGUAGUUGCCCACACCCAAUUCAACGCUCCAAACCCGAAAAACCACUCGGGAUUCGCCUUCCACGGCUUGGCAGAUGGAAUCCAAGCAAGUGAGAUGGCUGUAAGCGGCACAAGACUGAAAAACGUUCAUGCUAUGAAUGAGAACUGCAAAGUGCCUCUUCAGGACUUUUUGGAAGAGAAAAGAGACCUGAUUUCUUGUGUCAUCUAUGAUAACGCCAUGUUCUUUGUUGAUCACGUCGUUACUCUUCUCAACGUCCCUUCCAUUGUUUUUCGCCCUUUCAACGCUGUUUUCUUGGCAGCUUUUCUCCAUAUUCUUGAACAUGAGGGCACUAUUUCCCUCCUUCCUGGUAUGCCGUCUUAAUUAGUGCCUCAUAAAACAGAGAUUUAAGCACGUAUGUACCUGCUUAAAUAGUGUUGUAUCCAUCUUUUUUUAUUCAUUACUUGCUGUCUUUAUUAUAACUAGUCAAAUCAUUAGAAAUAUACACUUGCAGAACUAGUUAAGAGGCAUAACAUAAUAAUGUUAGAAAAGUGAAAUAUUGUAACUUUAGAACAUGAGAUGCCUUUACUAAGGGCCUCUUUAAGAUUUUCUCAAUGAUGUAAGAAAAUGGAGAAACAGAACUAAUCUCAAUGGCUAAUCUACUCAUGCCACAGAGUCAAGGCUUCAGGAUUCUAUUCCUGAGCUUCAUCCAGUCAGAUAUCAGGACAUCCCAUUCCAUAACAUUUCUGAAGAAGUAAGAAACUUCAUUUCUAAAGCAAGCAAAACAAGAUCUUCCAUGGCCGUAAUAUGGAACACAGUGGAGGAUCUUGAGGAGACAUGGCUUUCAAGGUUUCAACAGCAUUACAAAGUGCCCAUUUUUUCAAUAGGCCCUCUUCACAAGACUGCAUUGACCGGCAGAACAAGCUUGAUAGAAGAAGAUGGUAGCUGCCUAGCAUGGUUGGACAAGCAAGUUCCUCAGUCUGUCCUCUUUGUAAGCGCAUCAGGGAGUUUAGGUGCUAUUAGUGAAAGAGACUUCACAGAGAUUGCUUGGGGGUUGGCUAACAGCAACCAACCGUUCUUAUGGGCGGUUCGACCCGGUUCAGCAAUCGGAAAGAAAGAGGAGAUCAGAGAAGAGUUAGAGCGCAUAGUUGGCAACAGAGGGCGAAUAGUGAAGUGGGCACCACAGAAAGAUGUUUUGGCACAUGAUUCAGUGGGCGGUUUUUGGAGCCAUUGCGGGUGGAACUCGACAUUGGAGGGUCUUGGCGAAGGUAUCCCAAUGAUCUGCAGACCACUGAAUGCAGAUCAGUUUGUGAAUGCCAAAUUGUUGGUCCAUGAAUGGAAGGUUGGAUUGGCACUGGAAGAGGUGGAGAGAAGUGUCAUUGCAGAGAUUGUGAGAAAACUUAUGAUUGGAGAUGAGAGAAAAGAGCUGAAGAAGAAUGCUAUGGAGAUGAAGCAGAAAUUGGUUGAUUGUUUGCAGAAAGGUGGCAGUUCUUAUAAAGCACUGGAUGAACUAACACACUUCAUUUCUUCACUUCCACAACCAACUUCCAGAAAUUGCGACAAGGGGACGAACAGAUCGGAGCAAAGCUAAAGGAUUUGGAUCGGCGGAGCCAGAAAUACGGUCCGGGGGUCGAGAAUCAAGUUUAUACAAAAUGAAAACGGUGGAUCGUUUCCAAACAAUGUCCGAGUUGAAUAUUUUAUAUGUAGUUUAGAUAAAUAGGCACUCGUAACAAUAAAAGAGAUUGUUUUUGCUCUAUUUUUGAGACAUGUGACGUAAGUAAUGAGUUAAUUAUACGUUUUUUUUAAAAUUUGGGAAAAAAAAAAUCAAUAUUACUCAUCAAAUUUUGCCGAUUUUACGUUUAGAUAGUGCUGAUUUUGCAGAAGUCAUAACUUUUUACUCGUAAUGAGUUACGGGUAUCAUAAUAUAUCAAAUCGAAGAUAUUUCAGAGCUCUAUGCUCUCAAACUUUCAGCGGGGUCAACUGACCCCCCUUGGCUCCGCCCCUGAUCCUAAAUCUUCCCGAGCUUAUACUACAUAAUCAAUCAAACUCCUUCUAUAAAAACUGUUGAACAACUUGCCUUUCCC